AGGAACUAGUCAAUGCAGUUACUCGGUACCCGAUGGUAACGAUGUUAAAUUCGAGUUUCUCUCUCACUGACUAAUCGUUGUCCCCACUGUGCGCGGUGGAAUGCUUCCCACGAGGACCCGACAGUUUUUCUCUCCGACCAUCCUGUUCGCUCUCAAGUCGUCCUUGAAUCGGUGUAUUUUGCCAGGGUUUGGGGCGCUGCAAGAUGGCGGACUGUUGUUGGAAACUCCAUUGUCCAACUCGUGCACUGUAAGCUCUACAAGUUGGAUAAGAUAAAAACUUUAUUAUUGUGUCGAAAUCGCUAGCAUACAGUAUAUUAGCGAACGUUGAACUGAUCAUCGUCACUUGAGUGGUCGGCAACUUUUUUUGUUUUUGUUUUGGUUAUUUUUGCAUGAGCCCUAUUGCAGGGCGAAAUUCCCAGACAUGUUUAUUUGGUGUGAAAUGACGAAAACAUACGCUUAAUUAUGAUGAUCAUGACGCACUUUUGUUGCAAAGAGGUUGAACUGUUAAAGUGAAUGGAAAUAUGGUUAAAGUUACUUACAUUAUUUGUGCAUCAGCUUUUUUCGUUGUAAAAGUUAUAUCUACAACUUACUGCUAGGAAUAAUGCAGAAAGUUCACGGUUAUUAAAUGCCGGUAAAACAACUGCAACUGCAGUCUUUUCUACAUAUAUGGCCGCAUACUGGUGUCAAAUCCCUCUUAAAUCCUAUCCUGCUUUGUAAGGGAAACGAGAAGUUUCUUUUUAUACACAUUUUUUAUUCAUUUUUUAUUUCAGGUUCGUUUACUAUCGACCACUGGUGUCUCAAGACAAAAGGAUUUAAAACAUUUCAAAGCUGGAGCCGAGAAAAGAGACAGCGUAGAUGAUGAUCGUACAAGGGGCAACGAGAUCUACAGAAUGCCACAUCCUAUUUGGUAGGUUUAUUUUGCAAAAAUACAUAAUGGAAUAAUUUGGACAAGAAAUCUGAGCCCCAGAGAUAUUUUAGGUACAUAUUAAUUCAUAAUUGUCUUUAUUUUAGUCAAAGCUUGUUCAAAUUUUAGACUGAUGUGUGAACCCAGGUGGUGUACACUCAGGUUACCAUAUUUCCUCGAGUAAGUGUCUGAGCGCUUAUGUUAUAUUUUGGCUAAAAGGAGGGCUCUUAGUCAAGGGAGGUGAUUGUUAAGUUAGCCCAGCAAUGGGAUAUAAAUUAAAAGAACAGAUAACAUGCAUAAAGGAACUCUGCAAGCACAUGGAGAUAGAAAUAACUAGAGGUGACAUGAUGGAAAAGAAACUAUUCUUCUGUACUGAUCCUGCUGUAGUUUAAGCUUGAAAAGUUAUAUAAAGAGCCAACACAUACAGGUUUUCUUUGUAUCCCUUCUAUUAAAGAAAGUGAAGGAGGAGGGGGUAACUCAUUCCAGAGAGGCACAGGUUUGACAUCUCAGCCCAGGGGGUGGACUCUUAUUUGGGGAGGGUGAUUUUUAGAGCAUGGGUGGUUUUUGGGUUAGUAUAGUGUGUUUCUCUGACAAAAAAAAAAAAUGACAUAUGGACUUUUGAUAUUUAACUGAACAGAAAUAAAAAAGUUACAUAUCAACCAACAGCUAGUGUGACACUAUUCGAGAUGAAUUACUAUUACUGGACUUGCAAAACUUUUGCAAGGCACUCUCUGAUUUCCCUGACUCCUGAUUAAUCCUUAUGUUCAGACUUGAAUUUUUGUCACUAUAACAAACACUAAUUCUCAAGUCAACUUCCAUGGUGCAGACAAUUUAAAUACAUUGAAAUAAUUUAUUACAAUGUAAAUUUUGUGCUAAGAUUUCAAAUUUUAUAAGUCCUCGGUAAUAUUUUUUGUAAGGUCAGAGCAAGAAGUUAAUACUGUAGAAGUUACACAUCAAGAGACAAAGACAAAAGUUGACAAGGUAUUCUUAAAUAUGGUAAUAAAAAAAUGUUUACUGUACAUCAAACAUCUUCUCAUUACAAUUAUUACAGUUUUCCUUAUUAGUGAAAAUCAUCAGAACCUUUGUCAGUGCAAGGGUUGGCCUGCUGGAUUCCAAAUUGAAAUGUCUGAGUUUUGGUCCAAGUGUAGAGAAAAUGUGUUAUCAGACUGAAAAAUUGUGAGGGGCAAAACUUAAAAAAAAACUACUAGAUUACGAAUGGACUGGCAUCCUAUCCAGGAAGGAGUUAAAAUACUCCUGGUCAUCUAGAUUAAGCUUUCGCACAACUGUGUGGCCCAGUAUGGAAAGUUUUACUCAUUCAUGUAUUUAUAGAUCCAUUAUUUUUAUUAACUUUAGGCUGGCAAGCAAUAAUCACGAAGAACCUAAGUUGAUCUCAGUACACAAAAAGUUCAUUUAUAUAGGUUUUAUUUUCUCUUCUUUAAAUUUCAGAUUGCCUAUGGCUGUGUGCAAUUCUUGAGGAUAGCAUUUGAUAUUGUUUCUCUCUAUAAAGUUGGAAAAAUGACAGAGAACAAGUGGUUGAAGUAAGUUAGCAUUUUAGCAGUCUUUUAGUCCUUAAUUACCGGUUGUUUGUGGGAAAGGGCAAUAUUGAAUUGAUCGUGGUCUCAUGCCUCAGUGUCAGGAUAGUUGGGGACAUCUUCAUUGAGGCAUUGGUACUCAUGUCACUCAGUUUAUUAAAUGAGGACUGUCAGAUGACCAUGGAUAAACUGUCUACCAACAAAUUUAUCAUGGAGAUCUAUAAUAUUGCAAAUUGAAGUUGUAUUGUCUAGGGAAUGGAAUUAGAAGAUCCCUUCAUUCAUUUAGAUUAUCAGGUAGUUCAUAGGUUCCUAACUCCUAACUAAAUUUUAAAAAAGUCAUUUUCAAAUUUCAUGUUAAAAUUUCAUGUUAAAGAAUGCGUUUCACAAUAAGCUCUAUUUCCCCUUGUUAACCGCUAAAUAGUUCGCCGUGUUGUUAUUUCAUGCUGUUUUUUGAAAAUGGAAAUAAAUGUUUUAUAUUGAUGUACAAAAUUAAAGCAAGUUUCUUUUUGGUAAAAUGGAGCAUCUUGUGUCUUCACAUAAAAAAAUAAGAACAGUGAUGUGUUUUCUAUUUCCCAACAGUCGUAUCAUUAUGUUGGAGACAGUAGCAGGAGUGCCUGGAAUGAUUGCGGCGAUGGCUCGUCAUUUUGAUUCACUGAGGAAACUUACGAGAGAUCAUGGAUGGAUUCAUACAUUGUUAGGUAUUGACUCUUAAUAUGAAUUGAAGGUGCAGUGGUGAAGGUAUCACAGAGGAAAAAUUAGCGUUUUCAUUCAAACUGAGAUGGCGGAAAAAAUUAUGCGCGCUGUGAUAAUAUCCCAGUAAACGUAUUCACUUUCUUUAAGCUUAAUAAACACUGAUUUCGGAUUAGCCUGCAGUGCAGGCGUCUUGUUAGAGCGAGCUAACGCUAAAAGCUCGCGAUCGUUUGUUUGACCGGCCAUUUUUGACCGUCGACCCCCCCCCCUUGGUAUAAAUUUUUUCCUCUCCCCAGCCUUCCGCUGCCAUUAAAAUCAAAGAUGGCGGACAUAAUAUUCGUUAUGAAAUUACUUAGCAUUUGCUAGCCUAAAUUACGCCUGAUUUGCAGGCUAAUUUUGGAUAUGUAAUUUGAUUUUAUAAUUUGAUUGAACAUGAUCGGAGCUUAUGCUUUAACGCCGACACGUUUUACAUAAUAAGUUUAUUAGACGACGCGUUCUAAUCAAUAAGUUUCUUUUAUAUUGGAACGAAUCGGAACGUGAUCUGCACAUAUUGAACUAAAAAAGGGUGUCUGGGAUUUGUAUUUUAACGCCUCGUUAUAUUUUAAUCAUUUUUUUUAAUUUUUAACCAGUAUUACUUUUGAGCAAAGUUUUCAAUGUAGACGCUAUAUCUCGAGAAAUAAGGAAAAAGUAAAAAAUCCGGGACAUGCUUUUGGGUAUCAACAAUAUCUCCCAAUUUCACGAAAAUGGACCGAAUAUCAGCCGAGAAUGAACUCUCAAAAGAUCUGAACUGAACUCUCAAAAGAUCAGAACUCGAGCCAAAAUACUUUACCAGAAAAAGCGACUAGAAAUUUUUCGGGGCGUCGCUGUUUGUUUACAUAAAUGUGUUCCCGCUUCACACCUGUGAAGGCUGUUAUUCAACCACAUUGAAGCAAGCCAUUUGACACUGCUCUGCCUGUACAAGGAGAAGGAGCAGCGCAGAGGGAGGUUGGGCGAUAAAACGAGCGGAUCCGAGCUGGUCCGAGCAAAAAGGUGUAAUGCAGUCGACUGGGACCGACUUCAAACAAACAUUGGCUUUUUCUAAAGAAGAUGGUGGCAAGUUCGGCAAUUUUGGAUGAGCUGGAAGAAUUGUUUGACUGGGAUCUCUAACGGAUGACCAUUUCUGUUCUACCAAUGUCAUUAUGUCAUCGCAGAAGUUUGUUAUUGAUAGGUUGACAGAUAGAGGGGUGGAUGGACGGAAUGAUUAAAAAGAUUUAAAAGGCUUCCAGGUAAACUUUGAAACAUUUGUCUUAUUAGUUCCUUUCAAAUUCUGACAGCUAUCACUUAGCAAGCGCGAAAAAAAGCCUCCUCUUUUGAAUGAACAACAGUAAAACUCGGGUUAAAAUAACAUUCCGAGGUUUUUUCUGCGAAACAGUCAGUGAUCUUAAGAAAAGUAUUAUUCAUUUCCAUCGACGAUUAAUGUACGAGGAUUUACCUCUGCUCUGUCAGUUUUGAAUGGCAAGGAAAGUCAUUGUAAGUAAAUUUAAAAUGGAUGUUUUUUGAGUAUUGAGAAUUAGUUCAUUUGUUUGCUGCAGUGACGUGUGCAAACCUUGUCUUUCUUCCACCGAAAAGCUGAAGUAAAAUGAGGCACUUUAUCUCGAAACAAGGGAAUGAAUGCGGCGUUUAUUCGUCGAUUUUUUGCGGUUUCUUUGGCGGAAUACGUUGCAAAUUACCACAUUCAACGGACUAGCAAAGACGACCCGAAAGUUUAUUCGUAGUAGACCUCACAACUUAGCUCAACGUUUUGCAAAGAACAAUUCAGACAUUAAACGAAUACACGUUACGUUGAUUAAUGUAAUUGUAAACUUGUAAUUGUAAAAUUGUCCUCUGCCCCAUGGCACGUUGGACAAUUGUUUGAUGACGUCGACGAUCAAGUUUACGUGUGGAAUGCACUUAUGAACAAUAUACUGGACGAAGUGGCACCUGUGAAAAAAAUGCGUGUGCGUGAUAAAGAUGUGCCCUACAUGACGUCUCAUUGGAAAAGUGCGAUUAGAACUAAACGCAAAGCAAAUGACAAGUACUUGAAAGACAAAACGCCAGAAAAUUGGGAAUUACGACGUAAAGCCAGAAAGGAGGCCACUAAACAAAGAAGAAUCGCCAUCAAACAGUACUGGUAUAAUAAGUCAAACGAUUUGAAAAUCAAUCCCAAGGCGUUCUUCAAAACUUUCAAGCCAUUUUUGGGCUCUAAGAGCUGUACUGAAAGAAACGACAUCCACUUAAAAAUAAACGGCAGUAUGAUAACGAAUCAACAACAAGUGGCUGAGGAAUUGGUUGAGCAUUUUGCUACCUUGGCGGAUGGCAUUGGCGGUACAGCGAUUGAAAGAAAGUCAAUAGAGGACUUUAGAGACCAUCCUUGUGUUCAGAGGAUACAACAUGAAAAUAGGAAUUCCACUCAGACCAUCGAAAUCGAAUUGGUUACACAGGGACAAGUCCUUGCAGUUCUCGAUUCGCUGAACAUAAACAAAGCCACCGGCACUGAUGGAAUUCCUUCAAAGGCUUUAAAAACAGGUGCUAAUGAAUUAUCCGCUCCACUAACCACCUUGUUCAAUUCUUGUAUUAACAAGAAUGCAUGGCCUAGUGAAUGGAAGUAUGGGCAUUGGGCCCCAGUAUACAAAAAGGAUGACAGGAAUGCAAAGGAAAACUACCGGCCCAUAACUCUCUUACCAUGUGUAAGUAAAGUUCUUGAGAAGUUGGUUGGAGCGCAGAUCAACUCUGGCUUUGGUAAUCGCAUUUACCAACACUCAUCCGCUUAUCGCAAAGCUCACAGCUGCGAAACAACAUUGAUCAAUUUAGUAGAAGAUUGGAGACUGGCGAGGGAUCGAAAACAGGUUGUGAGCAUACUUUCAACUGACAUGUCAAAGGCAUUUGACUCGUUACACCCACCACUACUUCUGAACAAGCUUGAAGCGUACGGUUUUCAGGAAAGCGCUAUUCAAUUUUUAAACAGCUAUUUAAAUGAACGGAAAUAUCAAAGUAAAGAUCGGCCGUCAUGUUAGUUCGAGCCGAUUCGUGAGUCGUGGCUGUCCUCAGGGUUCCGCGCUUGGCCCGUUGUUAUGGAAUGUUUUCCAGAAUGACCUAUCCUACUGCCUAACAGCGAACUUGUCUAUGUAUGCCGACGACCAUCAAAUUUACCACGCAGGAGCAGACCAGGCAGCUGUGACUUCCCAGUUAAAGGAUAGUGCCAACUCAGCAACAACGUGGUACGAUUCUAACUUAUUGGCGGGAAACCUCAAAAAGUACCAAGUUUUGAACUUGGGCUUCACUCAAAAUGACAGCAAUAUUUGCGUGAAUGAUGUUGUGAUUGAAACUAAAGAUAAUAUCAUACUUCUAGGAGUAGUGUUAGAUUCUAAGCUAAAUUUCUCUGAGCAUGUAAUCUCUAUCUGUAAAAAGCCAGCCAGAGAAUUGGUGUUCUAAUGAGACUACGUAAUUUAAUUCCUAUGAAAUCUAAGUUAAUAUUAUUCAAAAGCGCGAUAUUACCAUUCCUCACGUACUGUCACCUAGUGUGGCAUUUUUGUAAAGCGAGUGACACUCGAAAGCUUGAAAGACUACAAGAAAGAGGACUUAGAGCGGUUUUCAAGGAUAAUAAUUCUAGUUAUGAACAACUAUUAGAGAAGGCAGAUCUGCCAACACUACUAAAUAGUCGCUUACAGGAUCUGUGCAUCCUUAUGUAUAAAGUAAAGCAUAAACUGUGCCCUGCAUAUAUAAGUAACAUCUUUAAAGAACCAAAUAGUAAUUACAAUCUGCGGCAAGCAGAUUUUUCAAUACCUAGGUAUGAGACAGUCACCUAUGGCAAGCACUCUAUUAGAUAUUUAGGGCCUAGGCUAUGGACAAAACUACCCAAGAGUAUCAGGGACGUCACAACCCUAACGUCGUUUAAAAGCAAGAUACGCCAACUCAAUAUAAGUGAACUUUUAGAUGAUGGCUGCGCAGGCUGUAGCCUUUGUUCAUUUUGACUUCUGUGUAUUUUUACUAUAAAUUUCUUAAUGAGUUAACUAUAGAUAUUUUACCUACUACUGUAUAUAGUUUUUUUUUAGUUUGUAUAUUCUCCCCUAAUUGGUGUCCCCAAAUUAGUAAGGGAUUUGUUCCCUAGCUAGACGGUUUUUUGACACUUUAAUAAAGUUUCUAUCUAUCUAUCUAUCUAUCUAUCUAUCUACAAAAACCUCAUGUUGUAACUUUCUUAAUAAGUACUCUUUUUAAGGUUAUUGACUAAAUCACAAACGGUUUUUAGGGCACGUGUCAAGAAGUUAACCCAAUUUUAAAAUAACACAUUUGCCACCACUGAAUUAAUUUCCAAACCAAUUUUUUGCAGGAAACCAAAGCGGUUAUUUUUACUUGAUCAUCACGAUCUAAUUACUUCCUUCCAUUUUUUCGUUUCUCCCACGUGUUGUUUUCGAGGAGCCAAAGUUUCUGUUCUUGUUAGUCGGUAGGUUUUUUGUUAUUGUUGUUGGUGUGGACAAGCAUCGCUUUGAAAUGGUUUCCCCAAUUCUUUCGUCACUUUGAUAAUGUGUUAUCUCUAUCUCCCUCGACACAUAGGCGGUAAGAACUAAUAUCUUUGGAAAUAGCAACUAAAUAUAGUACAUGAACAUCGAGUAUAGCCAACAACAAUAGUAAGUAAUCUUCGUUCAAUGAUGACUUGUAGUUUGCAGAUUGUGCAGAUCGUAAUUACCAGUACUUAAUAUAAUUAUGCUAAAGUUAAAAACCUUGCCAACACGUAUGUUAACUGAUAUAGUUUUACCAUUUACUGUCUUUCAUAUGACUCUCCAUUCAAAGGUAGAUACGCGGGGUGAGCGCUCGUGCCAAUCCUACUCCGCACCACACAUUGCUAGAGCGGUGUUACAGUGUUUUGGGUAACCCCUUACCAAAAACACUUAAAGGGAAUUAAACAGGAGAUUGGGGAAAGUAACAUGGAGUCAGUCAUAUUUGUGGUGGAAAAAAUAUAAUUUAUGGCAGAAAAUUGUCACCCAAAGUUAAUUCUCGCACCUGAGAUUGUGGUUGGUGAAGAGAGAAGUGUUCAUUUGUUGUCUCUAAAUCGAAAGAGUGAUCAGUCAGCAGUUUCAAGUGUGUUGCUUUGCAAGUAAAUAGUAGUGAAUAAAUAAAUGAAUAAAUAAAUAAGUGCAGUUUAGCCAAUCAAUUUUAGACACACACGGAAGGAAGAUCUUUCCACUUGUUGGAAUUUCGCGUUUGAGAAAAUGACCGAAACCUUGUACUUUUCGAUUGGCCCUAACCUCUGCUGACUCUGGGAGUAAUCAUAACUGUCUGACUUGUUGAGCAUGUAUGCGUGUGUGUGUGUGUCUUCUUGCUUCAGUGACCUUUGCAAUGUUAUCAGAAAUUUACUACGAUUUGGGACAAGUAUCUUGGCAGCAGUGAAUCUCUGGGAUAUGAAACUCUUGUCGCUUUUGGACAUGGUAACAGCUUAAAUAAAAUAAAAUUUCAGAAGUUGAUCAGUGAGAUCUUUAUAUAUUUUUUUAUGAUAUAUUAAAUUUUCAAGAAAUUGAAAAAAAGAAUGAAUUUUUUCCUUCUGUGAUACCUUAAUUCAUGAAUUUCUACAGUAAUGAUAACAAAUAAAGAUGAAUGCAAUGUCAAUUAUUUAUUACAUUUAUUUUUUUAUCAGAAGAGGCAGAGAAUGAGAGAAUGCACUUAAUGACAGCAUUGGAGUUGAAACAACCGGGUGCUUUAUUCCGAGGAGUUAUAUUACUUGCUCAAGGUGAGCAUAAAUUAUGUUACUGUAAAAAUAAUUUGUUAGAGUUAGGCAGUUCCUGUAAGAAAAAGAGGGUUGAUUGACCAUUUUUCUUUAUUAAUAUGAUUAAACGUAUACUAAAAAACCAAAGAAAUUUCCUGCAACGUUGGUUUUCUUGAUUUCUUCCUUUUUUGCGCAAAUUGUAGGUGUCUUUGUCAACUGCUUCUUUGUGGCAUAUAUAUUAAGCCCCAGGUUUUGUCACAGAUUUGUGGGAUAUUUGGAAGAAGAGGCAGUCAAGACUUACACCUACUGUUUAAAGGUAAUUUAAAAUCAAGAACUUAACCCUCUCAGCUUUGUUUCGUUCCUUUAUUAAGUCAAAAUUCCUCGCAAGAAUUCAGGAUCUUUUCUUCCAAACUAAUGCACAUUGUGACCAUUGCUAAAAUACAUUUGAUAAUGGCUACUGCUUCUGGUCUUCAAUAAAAUGGGCAAAUGAUUUGACGAAAACACUUCACCAUGACACGAACUUUUUUUUUUUGCGUUUUCUGGUUGAUAGCUGUAUUUAAAAUUUAAAUUCAUCGACCUUAUCACCUGGCGAGUUGUCCUUGACCUUUCUUUUGUGCAUUGAAAGUACGAUUUGGCGGCCAAAAAAGUAUCUCCAUCUAGCGCGCGGCCAAAACGAUCAUUGUUUUAUAGCUCUGACUUAAAAAACUAUGAAGACAAGUCGAAAACCAUGGUGGGGAAAGGAGAAAUCAAGAAGAGAGGACGAACAUGUUGCGUGUCCGGAGCGCAACAUGUAUAUCUAUUCACUUCUUUUCAAAGGAUGCCGCUGUAUGGCCAAAUGGACGCGUUUCGAUAGUCGAUAUCGAGAAGAUUUGCUCUUUGCUCUCGUCCUUGUGUUCCGUCCUGGCUUCGAAGACAGCUGUUACGCACAUCACUUACCGCUGGUCAAAUCAGGAGAAGAUGGCCAAUUAAUUCAGCUAAGGAGAAUGCCGAUAAAGGGGCCUGUUCCCACACCAAAAACGACUGUUGCACAUUCUUUUCGGCUGACAUUUCGUAGGCGAAGAAUGGCGAGCUUCUUAUUGUUGUUUAUUUCACGCGCUUGAGAUGAACUUGUGAACACAAAUAUUAAUGAAUUAGAUGGUAGCGAAUCCAAGUGAUCUUUGAAAGUCGAUCAAUGAAUGCGAAAUAUUCAUUUACAACACCGAUGUCAGUUAUUUGCCAGCGAGCGAAAUAGGUCAUGUAGCAAUGCUGCACUUAAACUAAAGAAGUUUUUCUCUACUAAAAUCCCUAUUUUAGAUAAACUUAAAUCAGACGAAUUUAAACACACUCUUUUUCCGUUUGACCGGCUGGACGACGAUAGCCUCUGUCUUUGCAAUCUCUGAGGAAAGGAGCAACUUGCAGUUGAACUACCCAAUGACUUCUCGGCGAAAAUCAUUGUGCCUCAUGAUACAGCUGAUUCUUUCGAUGUUGCCGUCAAAAGUUACCUUUUUGGUUUGCUUAGGGAAUUACUCUACGGCAACGAAGCUCAAGAGCAAUCACCAAGUGGAACCUUCGCUGCACUUAAUGCGAAGGAAUAUGUUAUGGCAACAGAAACGAACACAGCUUCAGGUCCUAUUUACACUACUCGUUUCAGUAGUGUUCUUAGCUGCAAGGAUCUCUUAAACCGAGAUUUAAUAUUUCUGAACUUUUUCUCUAUCGGAAGAAUAGUAUCUUGGCCUAUCUUUGUUUUUUCUUAGCAAUUGAUAAAAGCAGUGGUAUCCUAAAUAUAGGGUUGUUGCAAUUGUGCGAUAAGCUGGAAUAGUUCUCCGCAAAAGAUGAUAUUCUCUCAGUAGGGCCGUCACAACCUGAGAUCAGUUAUAGGUCUACCGACCGGUACUGGUUUGUGUAUUUUUGUGAGCGUAUAGAAUAUUGAUGUUCUAGGCGGAUUGGGAGUUUGUGAAAGCCAUUUCUCAGUCAUGUCAUCAAUGUGUUUGCCCUGAUGCAUUUGGUCAAUGACCCUUUCCCUUUCCUGCGUGUUUUUAUGGCUACUGCGUCCUAUGGAGGCAGUAGCCAUACAUUCCCUUGUUCUUUUCAAUGCUAUAAAAAUUGUGCGGUAUCAGUAGCCAUAUGCAGUCUUAGCUGCCUAUUUUUUUACUAUCGGUGCUCUGAAAGGUUUGUAGUGAACUCUAUUGCCGAGGUGCACUUUAGCCUCUUCUAUUUUUUUUUUCUGUCUUAUUUGUGAUGACUGUUGUUGUCUGUCUGUUUUUUGAGGUUUAAAGCAGAGUUGUUUUUCAACUCUUUUGGAGCCGUGACCUCAUUGCGUGACAAAUUAUUUCUUGGCUUAGUUACGGUAAUCUCUGCGAGUUGUGCUUUGACAAUUUCCAAGUAGCCCUCAGGCGCAAUAGAAAGCUGAACCGGUGGCAUCCAGUUUGAUUUAACAUUAAACGGAUGUGGCUCUUUGUUUUGUCCGUGAAAGAUGUAUUGGAGGCGUAUUCGUCUUGCAAAUUGUUCAAAAUCUCGCUAGAGUUGUUGCCUAAUUUUACAUUCGUUUGUCACGAGUGUUGCGAUUAAUUUGAGACCCUUUGAUGGCACGCUGACUUGACUGUCAGAAAGUUGACGGUUUGAGAGCUUUUUAGGAAUUUUUCAUUUGUCUCCCUUUCUUUGGAAGUGUUUCUACGCACUUUGCGUCUUUUGCUCUUUGUUCUGCUUCCGCUGUUGUUAAGGCUAGUCUUUUUAAAGUCAGAGAACACAUUGUUAUAUUUUCUUUCUCUUUUAUUUACAAGUGUAUAAAAAAGCUCUUUAGAGUCACAACUCUCAUUCCCUAAUUCGGCUAUUGUAUCAUUGUUUUUUACAAUGUUGGCCGAGUGCUCCUUUGAGCCGCGGUUGCUUAUUUACAUGUUUGUACGUCUUUGAACCAGUAUUGUUUGCUUGAUUGUGAUUCAAACGUCUCGCUCACCUCCAAUUCGUGCCCGGAAUGAUUUGUGAUUUACAUCACUCGUUUUCGCUUAACUUUCUUGCUAUAAUACUGAUAGACUUUUCGAUACUGAGCUGGUUGAAUACGACCUUUUUCAUUCGAGAUGUUGCCACAGUGUCAGCGCGCUGAGCGAUCACGUAACUGUGUUAUUAUAGCAGGAAAAUCACAAUACAGCUGCCAAAUUUGUUGGACGAUAGUCAGCGAUAAUGGUGUGUUGCUGCUCAGUAACUUCGCUAGAAACUGAAAAAAAAAAACAAAAAAACAAAAAAAACAGCUAUCUCUUUCCAUUUUAGGUUACUGUUAACAUAGUCUAGUCAAAAUUUUAAUUUUUUUUUUAAUCUUUUAGUUCGAGUAAAUAUCCAAGUUAAAUUUGUCGAAAGAAAAAAUAUAAUUUCUCCAAAGAACGCGGGAGUGUUUUAAGUCAGCUGGAACCGAAUAGCGAAAGGUGUAAUAAUCCAGAGUGUUGACGUUUUUUAUCUUUUACGAGGCUUUUACGAAAUUCGAAAUAUUUCAGUUUGUUCAACUUCCAAUUGAAAUUAUCGAGAACCAAAAGGAAUAUCGAAAGGCCUCACGACCUUUGUUAGCGUUUUUUUUUUGUCUGCUGGGUGACACUGUCACUCAGUUUGGAUGUCUGCGUUAACGCGGAGGCUGUUAAUUGACUUAAAUUGACACCGUCAGUUUUGUCUUUAAGUUGCUUGCGCGUGCUUAUCAAAACAAAGCUGUUCAAACUUUGUUAUAUUCAGAACCCAUACUUUAAAGUGAUACUUAGUUCGCUAUGUUGUUUUCUUUCUUUAAGUAGCGCGCAUAGGACGAUUUUUCUGGAAGGCAUUCUAUUUUGUUGUCAGGAACCCGCUUAACCCGCUUAAAUUAAAAAAACCAAAUGUGAUCUUACUGACCCUAACAAAUCUUAUUCUCUUGAAAAAGACGAAGAACAAUAUCUAGGGUACCUGCAGGCGCUGGGUGGUGUUUCAUUAGUUUUCACACAAAGCAGUCGUGUGUGAUCAGUGUCUUUUUCAGAGAAGUUGAUAUCACCGUGGCGAAGAUUAUGACCUGAUUAUGAUCAGUUUGCGUACAGCGAACUUCGAGUGAUUUUCGCUGAUGUUUCUGAAAUCGUAUGAAACUUACAUCAAAUAAAGGCUAAGAAGAAGUAGUAUAUUGUGACAUUAAAAGCGCGUGUAAAUUGGAUAUGAAGUUUGAAAUUUUUAAAAAGGGCUUAAUACGGUGCUCUCCUAAGGUCAAAAAAGACAGGCGGUACAGCAUAGACCGCACAUUAUAACCCACGUACUGUUUACACUGUUCUUAGUUAUUUUUGUAAGGAAAUGCUAGGCAAGAUUGGCAAGAUUUCGGUAUAACUCUGACUUCAUUUUGCAUACAUAUUCCAAGAUGAAUGGAAUAAACAAUAAAAAUAGUUGGGGAUUAAGUAUUAUUAACUGAGUCGAUAACGUAAAUUUGCCAACUUAAAGAGUUUUAAAGCUGAUGCUUCGAGGGUUACCCCUCGUCUGAGCGAAUGGAGGAAUUAUGGGUUGUAUAUGUGUUUAAAUGCAGAAAUGAGUACAGUUGAAACCGUUUCAAGUGGCUCUGUUCUAAGCGGUCUCCCCUUAUUAUGAGGUGUUUUUGAAAGUUCAGUAUUGUAAUUUUCACCUCUAUUAAACGGUCGUGGUCACCCGCAACUGAGUCCCAUCGGCCUGUAUUGUCUUUAACCAGUCACAAACGGUCACUGUUUCAAACGGAACUGUCUCAAAUAUGACUAAGAAUAAUCUCUAAAUUAUAAAUUAUUCCAUGUUUAUCUCCAGAAAAUUAAUGUCAGCACUCUAAAUUAAAUAUUGAAGUGUCCUCAAUACAUUGCAGGUUUUCUCUCUUCCUAGUACUGUUAGGACAAAGUGGUGUUUUUUUAUCGUGUCUGACCUCUUCUCUGUUGAAGCUGUAUUCAGCAGUCAACCUGUCAUUCUGCCAUUCUAUGUAAGUGACAGGUUCGACUGUAGCUCAGAAACCUCUCCAGUUACCUUUGGCUGACAAACUUAAUAUUUUAUUCGCUUUGACUGACGAAAUCUACCGUGCUGUAACAAACAUUGACUUCCUCUGUUGAUAUGAAUUAGCUUUGGAAAGGAGCUAACAUUUCAUUUCCUUAACGUUUUAUACAGAAAUUAAAUUUAAGUAAUUUUAUGUCAUGGAGGGCUGGGUAUCAUGAUUGCUUUAGCAUUUAAUCGUGGUCAGCAAAACAUUUAAAAUACAGAGAAAGAAAAUCGAAGCCGUUUAUUUUGAACACAUAGUAACAACAAUAAUUUUCUUGAUGGCAGUGUAUUGAUGACGGAACUCUUCCAGUUUGGAGCACAAGACCUGCACCAAGCCUGGCUAUUAACUACUGGAGGCUUAAAGUAGGUCACAUGAUGGAGUGAGCGGACAACAAGUUGAUUUUAGUGCUAAUGAUUCAAAAGUAAAAAAGAGAAAACAAUGGAAUUAGUAUCAAGUGGUAUCUAAUUCUGUGGUACCUAUUUCACUCUGUUUCACGUAAUGUAGUAACUAUACUUAAGUUCAACCGCACAGCGGUAAUUUCAUUUCAUAUAUUUCAUUCUUAGGAAGAUGCAGUCAUGCGCGAUGUAAUCUUAGCGAUACGAGCCGAUGAAGCUCAUCACAGAGUUGUAAACCACACUCUGAGCUCGAUUCAUCUCAAUGAAAAGAAUCCAUUCUCUCCAGGCCAAAAGAAGCUAUGACACAACAAAC